CUUCAUUAGAUAUGCAACUGACUACCCCUCCUGUAUCUCAGAUAGCAUCAGCAGCCCCUAGUAAGGGUGGCACUCCUAUAUCCACACUUUAUAAUGAAUCAGAAACUCCAGUUAACCAUCAUGGUUCUCGAUUAGGAUCCUGUGAGUUAGAGAGAGGUGCAAUCAAAGCUACUCCUGUGUCAUUCUCGGAAGAGGAACUCAAAUCUAGUCCUACCUUGAACAACAUUGUUGAGAAUUUCAUAACUAAUGAUCAAUCAGAUGUAUGUGAUGUAGAAGUGGAAGAAUUAACCAGUCAGUAUCCACCGAAUGCCAUUAUAGAUCCACUUAAAUUUUCCUCAGUCAGUGAUAGCGAGAUUCCAGGUUUCCUGAAACCUUCUCCCUGUGAGAAACUCUCAUCAGAGUCUGUGAAACAGUUCAAGAAGAAGGUGAAUCGUAUCCGCUUCACUAGCAUGACUGGCGAAACGGACGUUGACAAUUUUCUCAUGCAAGACCGAUCACAAAGCAUCUUCCGAAGCCGAUCUUGCCCAAAUCUCUUUGUAGCUGCUCAUUCUAUGGAUACCUCUCUGGAAUCGAAAAGCAUAAGCAGUGCCUCAGGCAAAGUGGACACCAAAUUGGUUCAGGUUGAGAAUGCAGCCACCCAGACAGAAGACCCUAACCUCAUCUCAUCUUUCACUGAUGACCAGUCGUUGUCCAAUAUGUCCGAGCAACACUGUGAAUUGUUCAACCUUUACCACUUCCUACUUAGUCCAUCACCCUUUAGCCUUUGCCUCAAGUGCAAAAAGCCUAUAGAUGUCCCCACUGAAAGUGAAGAUGCUCCUGUUCAAACUGUUGAUCAGUCAAGUUGUUCUAAUAAUUAUUUAUCUCCUGUGGAGAUGCUUGACAAACUGCUAACUAUGGGUGCUGCCCAACAUGCCAAGGAACUUAACCAAAUUCCACUAGCUAGCCAAUCCCAAGUCAGCUGGACGCACUUUGGUGGAUCCGCUCCUGCAGAUGAAGUAAACAUUCUGCGAAACCAGAUCCUUCUAAUGCAGAACCAACUGACAUAUGAACGAUUUCAGCGUGAAGGCUUUGCCAAACUGGCUUGUCGUAAACAGAUAAACGCGUCCCACAUUAUGGCUCUCAAAGAACAGAACACGGCUGUGCUUGAUCAGUUACGUCUUCAGGAAAGAGAAACUUGUAACCUGCAGGAAACAGUUAAAAGACUGCAGAAAACCAACUGUCAACUAAAACAGGCUGAAGAUAAGAAGCAACAUUCAGCAGUUGCCCAACUCAAGGUUGCUUUAGCUGAAUGUGAAGAAUUGAAAGCAAAAAAUCAAUUUUUGAACAACACACUCAGUGAUAAAGAAAAAAUGGCAAAAGAAGACAGGAACAAUCUACAAGAAGCAAACCAAAAAUUGUUUCAAGCAGAAAAGAGAUUGGAACUCAUGGAAGAACAAGUUGCCGACAAGGAAAAGUUAAAAGAACAGAUGUUUAUUUUGCAAAAAGAGCUUCUUUUGAUGGGAGAACUACAACGGCAGUACCAAGAAAAACUAGAAGGAAUUGAUAAUCAGUGCACAGAGAAAGAAAAAAGGCAGGAUUAUGUGAAUGCAUUAGAAGCAGAAAUGAAAGAUCUUCGACAAUGUCUUCAGCAAAAAGAGGUGUUGGCUGAUAACUGGAAAACAAGAUAUUCAGAACAUGAUGAAAAUCUGAAAUCAAAGGACGUCAAAAUUGAUGAGCUGAAGAAAUGCCUGGAUGGAGUCAAGUGCAAAUACAGUGAACAAAUUAAGGUGACAGAGGCCAAAUGUGAAAGUGUUAUGAAAGUCAACCAGAAUCUUCAGAAUCAUAUUUUGAUUUUGCGAGGAGAGAUAGAAGUUUUGAAGAAAAAGUCUCUUGGACAAAAUGAAUUAUUGCCAGAAUCUAUUGUGGAGGAAAGGGACACAACUCGUGCUUUUCCCACCACGCGAGAAGUCAGCACCGAGUGUGGACUCGAAACAAAGUCUGAGCUUCCUGUAUCAUGA